AGGAGACAUUAACCUGGAAGAAAAAGUAAACACACAAAAUAUAAAUAGUUUAUACGAUUUAGAAGGUCUUGUGCAAGAGGUGUUCAGAAAAAUCCUGCUUGUCAGACAAGGCUCAAGUGGAUAAUUCGUUCAGGUAAACUGGGGUUAGUUUAUUUAUAAAUACGGUAGAAUGUGGUGAGGUAUUUUUCAGCAGAAAAAUAUGUUAAAUAUUUAUUUCUGGAACGGAUUCCGCUGCUCACCAUCGUUCUAUAAAGACCCAUGGAGCAAUAACUAAUCUUGGCCACAGAAUUAACCCGGUGACUGACAUGAUCAGAAGCCUGUCCACCCGGUGAACUCAGUCCGGGGUGCGGGGUGGUCGAAGUAGGCAACCGAGGAAAGGAGUCGCCUAACCCGCAGCAACCUGCAGCCAUGGUGGUGGAGGGCGACAUGACGCUGCUGGCAGCCAGGCAGGGGGACGUGCAGACGCUCAAAACGCUCUUAGCGGCGAAGAUUCUCAACAGCGACGUGAAGGAUGUCUUGGGGGCUUCGCCGGUCCACCACGCAGCCCGGGCCGGGAAGCUGACCUGCCUGCGUUUUCUGGUGGAGGACGCAGGGCUGCAGGGAAACUGCCUGGCAAGCAACGGGGCCAGCCCGGCGCAUGAUGCGGCGGCCACGGGUAACCUGGCCUGCUUACAGUGGCUGCUGACCCAGGGGGGGUGUCAGCCGGAGGAUAGGGACAGCUCUGGAGCCACAGUUCUCCACCUUGCGUGUCGCUUCAGUCACCACGAGAUCACCGAAUGGCUGCUGAAGAGUGGUGAGGUGGAUCCCGGGGCCUCCACCGAUACAGGAGCCCUACCUGUUCAUUAUGCUGCUGCCAAGGGAGACCUGGCGUCUCUCCGACUGUUACUGGGACACAGCCCAAAUGUUGUCAACUCCCAAACUAAGAAUGGUGCCACGCCGCUCUACCUGACCUGCCAGGAAGGUCAUUUGGAGGUUGUCCAAUACCUGGUCAAGGACUGCGGGGCAGAUCCGAGCAUCAGAGCCAAUGACGGGAUGACGCCUCUGCACGCUGCUGCUCAGAUGGGCCACAACACUGUCAUUGUCUGGCUGAUGAGUUUCACAGACAUCAGCCUGGCAGACAGGGACAGUGACGGUGCGACGGCCAUGCACUUUGCAGCCAGCCGUGGCCAUGCGAAGGUUCUCAGCUGGCUGCUGCUGCACGGUGGAGAGAUUGUCACUGACAACUGGGGAGGGACACCCCUCCACGAUGCUGCGGAGAAUGGUGAACUGGAGUGCUGUCAGAUUCUUGUGGUAAAUGGGGUGGACCUGGGCAUACGGGACCAGGACGGCUUCACAGCUGCGGAUCUGGCCGAAUACAAUGGCCAUUCCCAGUGUGCCAAGUAUCUGCGCACGGUGGAAAACAUGAGUGUGGAGCAUCGGGUUUUGUCUCGAGACCCCUCAACGGAGCUUGAGUCCAAGCAGCCGGACUCGGGCCUCUCCUCCCCUAACACCACCAUGCCUCCAGCCAGCCAAGCAACACACUUCGACAUCGGUUCACCGUCCAGCUCGCUGUCCAACUAUGACUCUGCCAGCUCCAGUCAGUCCAGCACCGGGGAGAAGAAAAGCAGCCUUACAAUGUCUCGAGGCCCUCCCACCCAGCUAAAUACAGUUGCACAUCAGGGUGCAUCAGAGUCAGCCAUUUCAGACAUGCAGGCCUACAUGGACAUGCUGAACCCUGACAUCAGCACUGACACAGCCAGUAGGGAUGGUACAACAGUUGAUGCUGUUCCCAAGCCCCCACCUCCUCCAACCUAUCCUCCCCCGCCUCCCCCUCAAGCUCCCCCAGGGCCCCCUCCAGCACCGAGCUAUCCAGCGCCUGGGCCCCCUCAAGAGCCUCUGUCAGCUGAGUUCCUGAAGGUGAAAAGCAACUUGCGGCACGUGGGCAGUAAAAGCAGCAAAAAGGAGCAGCUGACUCCUGGAGAGAACCACGAGAAAUUGCGGCGAGUGGAUUCAAACAGGAAGUCAAGGAGCUUCAGCAAACAGCCCAGCACUGGGGACUACUACAAGAGUCUGGGCAACGACACGGCGGAGCCCCGUGGGAGCAAAGGCAUGGCGCCCAACGAGGAGGGUUCGGUGUUAUUGGAGGAGCCUACUGAGAGUCCUGCCACCACCUCUGAAAAUGGAACCGCAGAGGAAUCUGUGCCGCCUCCACCUCCACCUCCACCACCUCCUCUUCCUCCCAGCAAUCCAAUGCCAACACCCCCUCCUCCUCCUCCGCUACCCACCGCGGCACAAAGCACCCAGAAUAAUGGCAGCACCACCCCCAGCUCCAACGACAAGAGGCGCCCAUCUUCCUCAUCAGGCAGCGGGAAUAUAUCUACCUCUUACCCAGAGGGAGGGCUGCUUAGACAGAUGAAGAGCACAAAAUCUUUCAACAUGAUGUCCCCCACCGGAGACAACUCAGAGCUUCUGGCAGAGAUCAAAGCAGGAAAGAGCCUUAAGCCCACGCCUCAAAGUAAAGGCUACACCACUGUGUUUUCCAACACAGGGCCAACAGACAACAAUGGAACCACCACACCUCCAGAGACCCAAUCAUCUCCACCAGCCGCCAAACCACCCUCUCCUCCACAAUCAAGAGCUUCUGUUACCUCUCCACCCAUCACCCCAAGCCCCAGCCCCAGCCCUAGCCCCAGUCCUACUGGUUCCAGGGCCAUGUCAGGCUCUGCAAACUAUGAGCAGCUGUCCUCCAACUCCGUGGUCAAUGGGAACGACGGAUCUGGUUCAAUGCAGCAGGAGUCAGAAAGGAAGACAAGCCUUGCCGACAUUGAGGCGCUGGUGCCCACUCUUGAUGAGCAGGGGAAAGCCAUCCCCGAGUGGAAAAGACAGGUGAUGGUGAGAAAGCUUCAGGUCAAGAUGCAGGAGGAGGAAGAGCACAAACGCAAGGCUGAAGAGGAAGCAAAGCGCCUAGCUUCAAUGCCAGCCUGGAGGAGGGACAUGAUGAAGAAGAAAAUGGAUGAGGAGAGAUGUGACAGGGAACAAAAAAGAAAAGCAGAACAGGAGGCCAAACAGGCGAAGGAGACUGAGGAGAAGCAGGAACUGGAGCGACUUCGGACCAUGGGCUACGAUGAGACCAAGCUGGCCCCCUGGCAGCGGAAGAUCCUUCUGAAGAAAGAGGACAUAGCCAAAAAGUGAACUGUAUCGUUUCCUCUGCAGCGUUCUGCACCCUCACACACAUAGUCCAAAGCGUCUCACUCCUCCAGUCCUUAACCUGCGCUGAACAGACAGAGGAGAGGAGAGCUCGUCUCCCCAUGAACUCUGUUGUGUCACUUUUCGGGCCCUCAGGAACUCAGGCCCGCUUCUCCAGUUGCUGCUGUCCACACAAGCUCUGAGACUCAGCUCGAGGGAAACAUAGCAGAGUGAUCCUACACCUCUUACUAAAAGUCUCAUGGACACAAAUGGUUGUUCUUUUAGCACCGCAUUUCUGACAUGCACUGACCGUCUUUUUUUUUCUUUGCUAAGGCACUUGUUAAAAAGCACACCUAGUAUCUAUUUACAUUUCUGAAAAACUGCAAAUCACUGGGGGAUGUUUCAUGUAGGAGGUUAAUGGUUUUUGAUAGAUUAAAAAAGGUGAUGUGAGUCUGUGGUUAUGAAAUUGUCUAUUUUUCAGUCUCAUUAAUCAAAGGAAGCUAGAAGUAUUGUUACAUCAUUAAGCAGCCAAUCCAUUCUGAGUAUAAGUAGUUUCCCAUCGAUAUCACAUCUUAGUCAUGAAAUUGAGCAUCAAGCCCACAGAUGAACAUACAGUUCUACAAAAGGAUAGUUCAGCUGUUUUAAAUUGAGGUUAAAAAAUUUCAAGCUUUUCAUAUCUUUCCUUCAGUAGAUACCCAUCCUGGUGUAUUUAUUUAGCAUGGAUCCCAAUCAGUUGGUCCAGGAGGCUGACAUUAACUGCUGGUUAUUUUAUGGAAGGUAUGUUAUGAUCCUUUAAACUGUCAUUACAUUUGCAUUAGGUUAUUUACCUUGAAGCCAAUGAUUAUUUACAUAGGAAGCAGAGGCAGGAGGCAGUGCUAUCAAUGACCUUCCUGUGUGAAACACAAUGGAAAAUGUAAAGCACCUCUGGUGACACAAACGUAAUUAGUUACUCUCCCCAGAAAUGCUUUACAUGGUCCAUUCUCUGCAAAUAAUUUAAAAAUAGCAUUGGCAUAAACCACUGUGGCACUGCAGGCAAGAUAUUAACUUCUUCUAACCUUUUAAUAGAACUUAGCUAAGCCCAAACACUGCCGGCAUCUAGUAUGAUUCAAAAUGCUGCCAGUUGUUUCAUUUAAGCUUGGCUUCAAAGCUAACACUUUAUUUAAGUUCAACAUUUAAGGUACUUUUUUAGAGAAUUUGGGACAUUCAUAAAUUGCGUAAUUUUUUUCUUAACUGUCAGUAGGUGUUGUAUCAGAAAAAUAAAACAAAAUUCAAUUUUAUUAUUAUUUUUUAUGUGACCAAAAUGUUAAACUAUGUUGUUUGAACAUGAUUGUGAAUUUUUUUGUGAAUAUGCGGCAUCAUAAGAGUCAAGCAAGUUUUAAGGUGUAUUAUCAGGCAUACUGGAGUUCAAAACAAAUCAAUUAAGAUGAAGAGCUGCAUCUCACAGCAGGUGUCUGAUCCGAACCCAUCGGCUUGUUCCCAUUGUGCUGCAGGAAAAAUAUUUGAUCAACAGAUGUGCUUAAACGUCAUGGAGACCACUGUCUUCCACAGACGGGCUCACUAAUAAUAAACUACACUGCUAACUAGGUGAGUUAUCUGCUCUAGUUUGUCCAAAUGUAAUACUAACCUGUCUGUGGUUAAGCAUCUAUGCAUGUAAAAGAUGAACAAUACUUUUGCAAAGUACUGUAUGAUUCUCUUUUAGACAGAGCUUUUGUUUAACAGUCCAGUCUAAGAACUAUCUUAUUGCUUCUUUCUUUUGCAGAUUUUUAAAUUUUCUUACAAUUUGCAAAACAUUAGAGCUAUGUUUAUCUGUUUAGAGCAGUGGUUCCCAAGGUAGGGGUCAGGACCCCACUGUGGGUUCUGACAUGCCAAGUGUGUGGUCUUUAAAAUAUCUAAAGCACGUUAAAUUUCACUUAAAAAUAAUUACUUAUAAAAUUUUUUUUUACCUUAAAAGUUAUAAUAAAAAGAUAAAAUCUGUAGUUGUAAAUGGAUAAAAAUAGUAUAAUAGUUGUCGAGGCUAUCUUGUCGCUAUACUCGGUAAAUGGGUCAUUAGUUAUGUUAUGUUAGUUAUGUUUGCGUAUAUCAAACAGCAAUAUUCAGAACUAUGGGUUAGAAACUGAAAAGUUUGGGAACCACUGGUUUAAAAAAAUGAGAAAAAUGAAUAUUUGGAGAUAAAUUUGAAAUUAAACAAGUGCACACAUUAGUGCAUUUACAUUUAAGAAAAUAGUCAUUUCUCUAUAAUCCCAGAUCAUCACCAAUACUUUAUUUAAUUAAUCUACCUUGGAUGUUCUUUUUUUCUACAAAGAUAAGCUUGCUAGUAUAACAUUGUGUCUGUUUAGAUCUGGUUGAUCAUUUGGACAUAUUCUGACUCACUUCUCAUCAGAUGCCAUAUGAUAUUAAAAUGAAAAAAAUGUAAAUGUCAUUGCCAUUUAAUUUUCUAUACGUAUAUAAAUAUAUAAACUCUGUAUAUAGUGACCCUCAGAUUUUAUUGUCAUUCAUUAUUUCCAUAUUUCAUUAUAUUACAUGUCCCAGUCUCGCUUGGAUGUAGAAUGUUGGCUUGUUCUCUUGUCAUUAUAACUUCAGACUGUUAAAAAUGAGCAGAAUAAACCUCAAAUCAUUUAAAAGUA